AUCGAGUUGCAGCACGUAAGGCAGCCGAAGUUCAGAAAGACCACAUCAUCUAAAGAGCAACAACAGGCUACUUGUUCUUUUACCGGGCCCUGGCGACAGUAACAGGAACCUUCCCUCGUCUUCAAAAAGCCAUCAUCACUCUCGGAAGCGGGGUGGGUCAUGUUUUGAAUUCCUCCCUUCUUGUUUUCGCCAGAAACAAACACCAAAACCUCUCCUCCUUCAACACGCUCUUUUGAGCCACCGUCGCAAACAUGCCCGACACUACUGCCGCGAGCUACAAGAAGCUCAAGGAGGACUUUGUCUCGAACCUCUCCGGCGGCUCCGUCUCCGAGAUCAACUAUGUGACCGCAGUUGCUCCCGUCGCCGUCCUGCUAUGGUCUGUCCUCCAGUCCCGCCAAUCCUUCUUCAAGCCAUACACGGUGCUGGGAGCCGCCGUUGACUACCUCCUCAACGUCACCGCCAUCCUCCUCUCGACGACUCUCUACGCUUCCUCCCCCCUGCUCUUGAGCGCACUGCUCCUUGCCCCCGCCGCCCUGAUCUACGCCUUUCCUGCCAACAUCGGUGCCCCUCGCAGGAAACCCGCCAUACCUCCCAGCUAUCUGAAGUCCAAGGCCGGGGCCGCCACCGUGCCGCUCCCCGUAUUGCCUGUCAAGCCGUUCCUGACGCACUAUCGCGGCACCAUGUUAGUCGUCACCUGCGUCGCCAUCCUCGCCGUCGAUUUUCGCCUCUUCCCUCGCCGCUUCGCCAAAGUCGAGACAUGGGGGACUUCGCUGAUGGACAUAGGCGUUGGCUCCUUCGUAUACAGUGCCGGUGUCGUCGCUGCGCGGCCUGUCUUGAAGGAGCGCGCCGAGGGCAAAUCGACACCCUUGACGACGCGCCUGCUGCGGUCCAUGCGCCAUUCCUUACCGCUACUUGUCCUGGGUGUCAUCCGCCUGCUCAGCGUCAAGGGUUUAGACUACGCCGAACAUGUGUCCGAGUACGGUGUACAUUGGAACUUCUUCUUCACACUGGGCUUGCUACCGCCUUUUGUAGCCAUCUUCCAGUCCGCCCUCAAGAUCGUCCCUAGCUACGCCGCUCUCGCCAUCAUUCUCAGCGUGCUGUAUCAAGUCGCCCUUGAGAGCACGGACCUAAAGGCCUACAUUCUGACCGCUCCGAGAAUAGACCUGCUUUCCAAGAACCGAGAGGGCAUCUUCAGCUUCUUCGGCUACUUAGCCAUCUUCCUCGCUGGCCAGGACACUGGCAUGUACGUCUUGCCCCGCAGUAUCAACACCAAGAGUGACAGUACUCCUUCCUCCCAGCGCAAGACGCUCCUUCUGACGAUGGCGAUAUGGUCUGCCGUCUGGGCGGGGCUUUUCUUCCUUACCACGAGCUACAGCUACGGCGACGGUCUAAGUGUUUCGCGUCGCCUAGCCAAUCUGCCCUACAUUUUAUGGACCGCUGCCUUUAACUCGACGCAACUCCUGGCUUACGCCAUGGUUGAUACCAUCUUCUUCCCGUCGUCCUACAACGCAACCGACGCGGAGUCGGAGAAGGACGCCUACGAGACUGCCACAAGUAGGGUUCUCCGCGCCUACAACCGCAACGGCCUAUUUCUGUUCCUGUUGGCCAACGUUCUGACUGGCCUGGUCAAUAUGACGGUACCCACGCUACACGUUGGGCCGCUGGCGACGAUGAGCAUCUUGAUCGCGUACAGCGGAACCGUCACGGGCAUCGCCCUGGGCCUGGACGCGUACAACAUCUCCAUCAAGUUGUAGAACAUCGAAGAAUUAAAUUUGUGUACCUACAAGUAAUUACCCACCCAUGUGAUCCACGACUUGCAGGUCCGACGAAAGCGAGAUUCGAUUGAGAGGAGAAAUCUUCAGCGUUGCUCUCAAAGUCCGUCAGAGACUGCCUACCUAGGCAAAACAGGCACAACCAACGGCAACCUCUCACGGAUCGAUAUAACUUCGAGACUUGCGUGUCAACGCCCGGAGUUGACGGCAUAGGUCACUGCCCCCCUUGGAUGACCAACAAACUUCCAGAGCUAACCCCGGCGAAUCCGGCGUGAUACGUGGCUGGAUGUAUUAUGAAACCUCCGCGGAUUGGCCCUGUGCGGCAGUUUGGCAGGAUGAAUGAUUGCCCUGUCGCAAGAGGAACUGCCUCCGAGGCUGAUGGUGGGUAGGUCGGCUGAACAACCUGCGUGCCGGUUGUACGACUGCGGUGAGAAUUCCUCAUGAUGCGGACAAAGCUCCCACCGGGCGGUGGAGUUUGCGCAACCGCUCGAUCCAAUAAAGCCACCCACUCCGCUGGGUUUGGAAUCUUUCUAGAAAGCGAGGCAAGAUUGGGAGGGGCAGGCCAUGGCAAACAAAAAACCGAGUGGCAGGCCGGGCUUCCUGUCCGGCUCGUCGUGGAUCUUGUUGGCCAUCUGACUCGUCUCGCAUGGCCGACGACCACUUUCGCAUGGCUCAACGCGUAGACUGCAUGUGGACGUUGCGCGGAUAUGAGGCCCCCGGAGAGGAAACCGAUGACCGGAUACGGCCGAUGAAGUGUUUGCAUUGCAAGCUGGGGUUGUCCCUGGGGUUUCACAAGCUGGGCCUUCUCCAUCCUCGUGUUGCUAUUGAGUAAUGGCUAAUUGGAGAUGGAUGUAUGGCCAGCAUGGGGGUGGGUAAGACGCGUCGCGAUUUCGCGAUUUUCUGGGACUGUGUAAGUGCGAUCGCCUAUGGGGUCUUUCAAUGGGACGGCAUAAACAUGCCCCAUCUUGGCCCCGCGAGUCGCAAACCAACCAUCGAAUGCGGUCGUGGCCAACGAGACUUGGGCGGUUGGGCGGCGAUCCUCUUGAGUGAGGAGUCGUCGCAUUCGUAAAUAAGUCCAAGGUCCAGCAGUCCAGCGAUCAACGGUAACGAGGGACCAUCCUCAACGGCUCGGCGGGGUGGGCAAGUCGCAUCGUCUGGAGUAAGCCAGGAUGUUACUGUACAACGCAGCUAGUGCUCAAGUGCCGAGUCUGGCUGGGUUAACCUGGGGAGAGUGUCUGGAUGGGGCAGUUGGUAGGAUCCAGACAAAGCGGAGAUAAACAAGAAUACUGUUUAGUCUGAUGAUGCGUGACGCCAUGUGGAAUGGCCUCAGGCGGCCGAACGAGCGCCCUUAAGCAGUUUGAACACUGUCAACGCCCCCUGGCUGGCCGAGCCCUUGUAGGAUGCAGAAGUUCGUGAG